CCAUUGAAAUACUUGUCCUGGUCAUUAGCAGGCAGACUUUGUAGGAUGGCACUAUGCAAAGAGACAGGCUCUGGCUGCCUUUCCUGGGGGCUCCUACUGCUGCUCUGGGUGGCUCUUGGGAGCAAGGUAUGCCAUGGUGGAACUGCCACACAAGCACCUCAGCUGACUGUAAAUGAGACUGCAGCAUACUUCCUAGGUGAGAUUUAUGCACACAUAGCGAAUGACUGCUGGUCCAAUUUCUCUGAAAUGAUGAAGAACGUGACCGGGGUGCAGUUAUGUGAAUGGAGUGUCAUCAGCAGGCCAUACAGUAUUCUUCGAUAUUGCCUUGAGGGCUGGGCUGACAAGAUAAAUUACAGCUACCCCAAUGCUGUUGCAGAGAAGUAUAUCUUCCAGAGCCACCACACAUACUUUUUUAACUGCACCCUGGAGCGCCCUAUGUACUUCGACCCUCCCGAAGAUGUGCUGCUGGCCAUGAUCAUCACCCCCAUCUGCCUCAUCCCCUUCUUGGUUGCUUUGGUGGUGUGGCGGAGCAAGGAUGGGAAGAUGCAGUCCUGAGCGUUGUGAGCCUGUGGGGGAUCCCAGGUUAAGAUGCCACCAAGGACACGUGAGUUAACCCAAGUUCAUUAAAGAACCAGACCCAAGGCCUUGGACCAAAUCUUCAACCCAAACCCAACUUCUGUCAGCUGCUCACUGUGAUGCCAACCCCAGAGCUUUGUCCAGUGUCUGAACCAAACCAAGGUUCAGUGUUGGAAGGAGGCUGGGUAGUGCUAAAUCCCUGCAGUGUGUGGUUCUGGCUCAGACUGGAAUUGCGGCCCUUCUCAUGCUGUUGCUAACUUGGCUGCACCUGAUAACUGGAGGAACCCUUGUCUCACAAAGGUCCUAGCCAACUAACAGACCUGACAGUUUAGAGGAACCCUGGAGCAACAGCUCAGCAACCCUUCCAUAUGCAUCUCUGGCUGAACAUGGUGGCCUAAUCUUUGUUGUGUCUUCUCCCAUGCACUGGGGCAUAUUUGCUUCCAAACACCAGUUCCACCAUGUGAGGACAGCAUAUUCUGGAGGACUUUGCCCUGGGGUCACAUAUGCUACUUGGAGCAGAAUCCAGCCUGCUGGUGUUCACACAUGCAGCCUGCUUCCAGAAGAAGGGGCCACCUCAGGCUGGGCAGCCCCAACACUUAGGAUCUGUCCCUGAUUUUUUUUUCCAGACAGCUGCCAGGGAAGAACUGGAUGGGCUGACUUCUCAGCCAGUGCCACUUAAAUGCUCUAAAGCAGAGAUUAGUAACCUAUGGCCUUUGAGCUGGAUUCGACCCAUGAAGCCAUUGGACCCAGCCCACAGACGGCUUCAGGCACUUCCCCCCUCCCUCCAUGCCAUGGUGGGGAGAAGCGGUGGCAUUAGCUGGGUCCCAAAGUUCUGUCUAUUGCCUUCAACCUCAGGUGGAUCAUUCCAGCCUACAGCCUGGAAAGGUUGCUGACCACUGCUCUAAAGUCUCCUGUGUCUGAGCCUCCUGAGCUGAGCUGGAAGUACCCCUGUCUCCCUAGGAAUCCUGCUCCAGCAGCCCCAGGUGCUCCAGCAGCCCACAUGUAGGCAUGUCCCCUAAGAAGGAGCUGGCUUGCAGCAUGGUGUUAGUGCUGUGGGUGGAGGCAGCCCCUGGCCUUGCAAUGCCAGGAAAGCCUUGUGGCUUUGGAGAGGAUGUGGUGUCAGGGCAGUUGGCUUCCCCUGCUUGUUUAUUAGACUCUGGUGCCUGUUUCCCUUCUGUGGAGAACCGGAUGCUACACAACUCUUCGUGGUUCAUCCCAAAAUGUUUUCCAGUCCCCUUUGCAAACAAGCUCAUUGGUUACAGUGUUGGAGAUUAAAAAGCUUCUCUCCCUGGACACUGA